AUGUACACCACUGACAAGCCAGAGCACUUAGAAGACUAUCGGGAGCUACAUGUGGAUGGAAGAGUGUUCUAUAAGCUCAAGGGAAAGAAGCAGGAGGCGGUAAGAAAAAGAAGAUAUUCCGAUCAGUUCAAGGAUCCGUUGUUUAUUCAGAAAGACACCAAUAGGAAGUUGAGGAUGAUGAAGCAAUUCCGAGAAACACAUGGGGACUUGGAAAGCGUGAUAGAAAGAUGGAAAGACUGUGUCUCCGAGUGCAUAUCGAUAUUGCACACACAAUACAACAUACAUCCAGUUGAAAUUUUCAGAGCAUUCUCCCUUAGGAAAUGGGGAUUCGAUAUAGAAGAGUAUGGAUGCUGCGAAGACGACUUUUUGCCAUGCAAAGAAGAAUAA